UUAUUUUCAUUUAGUCUUAAAUGAUUUUAUUCUAGUUUUAAUGCUACUUGUUUUCAAUGCUGUUACUGUUAUUACAUGCCUCUGUAAAGCAUUUUAAAUUCCCCCUGUGUAUGAAAUGUGCUUUAUAAAUAAAGUUGCCUUGCCAAAGAAAUUAAUUCUGAGUCUGCGAUUAUUUUGGUCAUCACCUAUAGGUCAUGACCAAAGGCGCAUGUCAGAAUGUAGAUUGAUUAGUAAAUUGAGCUUUGCCUUAAGGCUCAGCUCCUUCAAUUUGACAGUCUAGUACAGAAACCUAGCGCAAUCUGUCUGUAGGUCUUGCUUUGCAUCUUACCCUCAUUUGUGGACAAGACCCCAAUGCAGUUUUCAUACAUGAACUCCAGACAACUCCACAGAAUCCUGUUCAGACUUUGUCUGGAGUUUGCCUUUCACACAUGUAACACACAACAGGAGAUAGUCCAUGUCAGAUACGUUCUCACCUACUCGAAAUACAUGAUGCUGUCACGCAGCCAGUUUGUAAUUCGGUCAUAAACAACUAAGUGUCUUGCUGUACCUUAAAUUUGUAUGAUGAUUCUGGUGCUGGCUCUUAACAUUGUAAGUGAAAGUUUUUGUUAUUGUAAAUUAUUUUUUUCCUUCACCAUUGGAUGUUUGGAUUUUUGCGUUUUCACACCAGUCACGUGAUAGAAUGUUACCAACACACCCACUAGCUCAGCGUGAAUACUCCAAAUUAUAAGAUACUGUAUUCUCACAUGGGCUCACUGUAGCUAACUCAGACAAUAUGUAGACUUUGGAGUAGGGAGAUGGCAGGGUAAAGUUCCUUUAAUGUCUGGGUCAACUGACUUUGACAUUUGCGUUCUUACAUACAGCUCCUCCUGGUAAUGUCUAGAUAAUUUCAGGGUUCCAGUGUAUGUCUGAAAGGGGCUCAAGAUAACUACAGUGACUCAGCAGUUAUGUCCCCCCAACCUGAAGGCCAAUCCACUGUUUUCCAAGUGAGGACCAUGGCUUCCGACAAGGAGUUGCUAACUGUGUUGCAGACUACCACAGUAUGCGCCGGAGGGGGCCAGAUGACUCCAGCACAGUGCUGAUUGCUCUAGAGUCUGUAUGUGUAAUUGACGAUGGGGAGACUAUGCUGGUGGAAGGUCUCCGUGUCGCUCCUCAGGAAAGGGGCAAGGGUGUGGCAGGAGUUCUCCUGCGAUUUUGCUCUGAGCUUAUCAAAUCCACGUACCCUGAUGUCAAAGUAACCCGUCUGACCCGUGAUGAUCAGCUUGGACCCAAGGACUUCCAGAAGUAUCGCAUCAUAACUAAGCAGGGUAUUCUGCUGGUGCGCUUCAAAGCUGAAGACCUCAAGCUACGUUUGUGUGAACUUGGUCUAGGUGAAGACAUCCAGUCCUCUUUGUUGACCUUUUCCUCCAACUCUCCUCCAGUGCGCCUUGACCAAAUAGCAAUCCAUCAACUGUAUCUGACCACUGACCUGAUGCAGGGGGUACUUCCAAAUGCCACCAUCAUUCAAGACUGGCAGCCAUUCAAACCGUUGCCCAGUAACAUGGCCAUUCUACUGAAGAAGGACAUUGACUGGAUGGUGGAUGAUGUGUCCAGCCCUACUGUGGCCAGCCUCUGUACCUUCCCUUUCAGGGUGCCCAUUGGAGAUGACUGGUAUUACCUCAACAUUGAUAUGUUUGGUAAAGACCUGGACCUGGCUCAGCAACAGUUCUUGUGCCACCUGCAGCGCCACACAGCCACCCUGAAUGGUCAUGUUAUGUGCCAGAUGUUCCUGGACCCACCACUCUGGAAGCCCAUGGCUGAAUUCUGCCACAACACCUUAAGCAUUGAGCUGGUGAAGGAGUACAGCGAGCAAUGCGUGGUGGAGUCAGAUAUUGUGUAGUUACAGAUGGAUGGAUGAAAGCUGGAGGGUCUAGAUGACAAUGAAUAGAUAAAUCAAUUACACUUAAAAAAAAACACAACUCUCUGUACAGAGAGGAUAGAACCCAAACAAGCAAAAUGUAGUUUCUACAUAACAAAAUUUAUUAGAAUGUAGUACGUUUGAUUUAACAGUACACAAGAAGAAAUAUGGUGUGGACAUAAAUCAUGUAAAUAGCUACGAUAGGUCUGUGAAAAAUACUACAUUUAUAAAGAUUCUAAUAUCCAGUUGAUAAGAGAUGUGUUCAUAUACAGUAACUAUUAAGUAAUUAUUAAGUAUUAAGUACCAUUCUAAAGGUCAUAGUUCUGUGGUCAAUGCCUCCAGUAUACAUAAAAGAGUAGACUAAAUAACAUAAAUACCUUUUUAGUAGCUGUCUUCAUGGGUCAGGCAUUUUGGAUGGCACCCAAAACAGACCUAUAGUAAGGACAGACUCAAUUUAAUUAAAUAGCAAACCAACAAAAAAAAAAACAAACAACAACAUUCUGGACCUGAGGGUACUGGGUCAGUUUGUCAACAUGAUUAGCAAUUUAGUCAAUGAUGCAAAAUUGUGUGUCAGAGUUAAAGAAAAGUGAAUUCUUGAUUUUCAUUGAAAGAAAUGAAUUUUGGUCUAAAACAUAGUUAUUGUAAAUGCUGAUGUGACUGGGUUGUAGUUCAGUCCCACACAACACUACAAACUACAACAGUCAAAAAGACCAGCUGAAUCAUCAUUGUAUUAGUUUAGUUUGAUUUUAGGUUUUAUUACAAUUAUCAUAGGAGUUUUUGUUAUGAUGUUCAUGUUGUUUUCUGACAAGGAAAACAUAAAAAGAGUAGUGAGCACAAAUUAAUCCUAACACCCUAAAACAGUAAAUGUGCAAAUGAUAUUCCUUAAAGAAAACAACUGUGUGCCCUUAGGGCAUCUCAAACCUUUCAUUCCUGUUCUUUCUGUAAAUAUGAAACUUCUAAAUAUGUACACAGGUUGAGUUUGGUGACAAAAUCUGCACAACUCUGAAGGCACUUUAUUAAAAUUACAAACACUGGUUUUGUAUAUGUUAGCAUGAAAAGGAAAAGUUAAGAACUGACUAGGAGUAAUAUGCAGAUCAUAAUGUUGAUGAUCUACUAACUAGUAUUACUUCAGGUACAUCAACAAAUUCCUGCAGAAACAAAGUAUCUGACAUAAAAUGGCUUAUGAUUUAUCAUUUGUUAUGGUCAAGCUUAUGUCUUAGCUUUUGUCUUUGACUAUAAGUGGCCAAGUCUUUACCCAUACACACACACAGAAAACUGCUAUUUUUGCCCAUUGAUCUGUAUUCAAUUACUCAUAAUGAAAGUGAAAAUAUAUUUUUAUAAAUUUUUGCGGAUUUAUUAUAAAGAAGAAUCUGAAAUAUUUUAUUUACAAAAUAAUUCAGACACUAAAUUCAGUACUUUGUAGAAGCUUCAUGGACAGCAGUUACAGCUUCCAGUCUUCUCAGGUAAAAGCUAAAAGCUUUGCACAACUGGAUUUGGGCAGUUUAUCUCAUUCUGACUGGCAGAUCCUCUCAAGCUUCAUCAGAUUGGAUGGCAGUAUCUGUGAACUAUGAGACUAAAACAGCACACUUCAGGAAUAAGUUACUCAAUUCUCAUGCACUAGGGUUGUGUGCGGGGGGGCCUGAGAACUAAAUAAAUUAUUUCUGAGGCAUGCUGUCCUACUCUGCAUGUUUAUAACUUUUUUCUGACGAUUCAUCACCCCCUAUAGAUUUUAGACUGAGCGUGAUGUUGUUUCAAGUAUCUGUGAAAUGCCAUGUUUAGGUCUCGCCACAGAUGUUAUACAGGGUCUAUGGCUGGACCACUCAAGGACAGUCAGACCUUUGUACUGAUGUCACUCUGCUGUUUGUCUUGGCUGUAUGCUUUAGGUCAUUGUCAUGCUCACAGGUGACAUUGCCACAUGUUGUGUGCACUCUGGAGCAGGUUUUAUCCAAGAAACUCUCUGUAUUUGGACCACUGACUGUAUAUAUGAUAGACAUAAUGCUAGCUCCCAGAAGUGAAGCUGUUGCGAAUCAAUCAGUCUCUGGUGGCUGGUUGCAGCAUAGAUCAUAAAUCCUGCCUUGUCCCUGUUAGUGAAUGGGACAUGAGUCAAUCUGAAAACUGAAAGUACAAAUCAAAUAAAUUUUUCCCAGCGGUGAUUUCUGUCAUUUUUGGUAGAUAUUAUCAUGCUGAUUUGUGUACAAGUGGUCAGUUUUCUGGUAAGUUUGUUUUUAACAAGUUAGUAGAUAUAUAGAAAGGGGUGUAAUUUGGUUGAUUUGACAGCUUUGUUGGCAGUCUUGUGCUGUCACUCCACAUCUGGUUGCUGCUGUGCAGAAUCUGGUUCCAAGAAAGUAAGAUGGCAGCUGUUGUAUUCACAAUAUUUUGGCUUCACCUUUGCAUAGCAGAGGGAAGUGGUGACGCCACGUCCAUUGUCUAUGCAGUCAAUGGUUUGGAUGCAUUCAUUUGUUCCUCAGCUCUAACCAGUUUCCCUGUCCCCGCCAGUGAAAAGCACCCUUACAACAUGAUUCUGCCACCACCAUGCUUCAUUGUAGGUAUUUGCCAGGUGAUGAGAAGUGCCUGAUGUUCACCAGACAUAGUUCUCAGCAUUCUGCCCAAAAGGUAAACUCUUUGUCUCAUCAGACAUUAUAAUCUUUUUCCUCAUGCUCUGAGUCGGUUAAAAGCUGUCUGACAAACUCCAAGCAGUUGUUACCUGCCUCUUACUCAAAGUGUCUUCCGUAGUCACUCUGCCAUAAAGGCUUGAUUGAUGUAGUACUGCUGAGAGGUAGUACUGAAUUAGUGAUUCUCAACAAGCUGCCAGGUGGACGUCUGGCAGCAGUGAGGAUGCUUAAAGUGGGCUCUGAAAAAAAGUGUGUUAAGUGAUUUCAUGCUUUUGAAUAAGUGUAAAUAGUGUAAAUAAGUAAUGCAGGUCAUUUUCUGUGUGAGUUAAUUAUGCAUCAAUUGGCUAGUUAUGCCAGAGUGGCUCGGCUUCUUUGCGACACUCAAUAUGUCAAGAUAAGUGGGCUGGUGUCUCUAUUCUUCUUCCCUCCUUAUUUCACUUAUUUAAGGAAAAUAUACUCCAUGAUGCACUGUAAAGUUGUAUACAUUUUGAUAACAGUUAAUAGAAUGUUGUUGUUGUUGAUGUUGUGAGAGAAAAAGAUACUUAAAAUAUUUUGUAAUGGAAUUAAAAAUGAUGGUAAGGCUGCAUGAUUAUGGCAAAAAUCAUAAUCACAAUUAUUUUGUUCAGUAUUGAGAUCAUGAUUAUUGAACUACUUAUUGAACAUAAAAAACUAUUAACUUUUUUUUUUUAACUUUAUGAUUCAAUUCCAGCAGUCCCUGGUAGGCUAGUGGUUAAGGCGUAGCGCUCUUGCCACUGCGGCUCAAGGUUGAGUCAGGAAGGGCAUCCAGCGUAAAACAAGUGCCAAAUGUCAACAUGCAAGUUGUCAGUGUGACGAUUCGCUGUGGCGACCCCUAAAUGGGAAAAGCCGAAAGUGACUUUCCUAUUCAACUCCAGAACAAAUUAAGUAUUCAGUCUACCUGAUUGUGAUUGACAGUUCAGAGGAAAUUACUAAUUACUCUACAUUUUACAUCUACAUACAUUAUUUUACAAAUAAAACUUUGCUACGUCAGGUAAACAAUAUUGCCAGUUAUAACCUUUAAAAAAUAAUUGCUCAGUCUGCUUUCUGCCUUGACUGGUUGGGGUGAGAGGAUAGAGUAGAGAGAAAAGAA